GGUCAGCAGAGGUUCAGCUAGCUUUGGUGUUAUACAUAUUAGAUUUGUCUACUUCAGCCAUGCCUGUUGAUUUCAGUGGCACCUGGAACCUUGUCAGCAGUGACAACUUUGAAGGCUACAUGGUGGCCUUAGGUAUCGAUUUUGCCACUCGCAAGAUAGCCAAAAUGCUGAAGCCUCAGAAGGUCUUCAAACAAGAUGGGGACUCGUUUUCCAUCAGCACAACCAGCACUUUCCGCAGCUAUUUAGUCGAGUUCAGGAUUGGAGAGGAGUUUGAAGAAGACAACAAAGGCUUGGACAAUAGAAAAUGCAAGAGUGUGGUUAACUGGGAUGGCGACAAGAUUGUUUGUGUCCAGACUGGAGAGAAGAAGAACAGAGGCUGGACCCACUGGAUUGAAGGAGAUGACCUGUACCUGGAACUCCGAUGUGAAGACCAAGUAAGCAGGCAGGUUUUCAAGUGAGCGUGAAGCUGAUUCCUGCAAUACCCCCCAAAUGACAACAGCGCAGAGAACCACGUACAGGAGUGUUCGUGCAUAGCGGCACUUCAGACAUGGAGUGCUAACUGAAAAGGCAGCUUUACAGGUCAAACCUUCCUCCUCCACCCCUGGUGCUCUUUUUGUAAAAGCAUUCCAACCUGAUCCUUUCGAACAAAUGUUGUAACUGUUAACCUGCACUUACCACG